UGCAGCCUCACCCCCGAGGGCCGCCGAGCGGCUUCCACCAUGAUCAGCGGUGUGUUCAGCGUGCGCAUGUGGGGGCCCGUGGGCUUCCUGACCUCGCUGGCUUACUGCGUCCACCAGCGGCGGGCCGCCGGGGCGGAGCCACGGAGGGCGGACGGCCAGCAUCCCGUCGACCGGAGUCCGCUGGAGUUGAAAAUGGUGCAGGUCGUGUUCCGACACGGGGCUCGGAGCCCUCUCAAGCCGCUCCCGCAGGAGGAGCAGCAGGCAGAGUGGAAUCUCCAACUAUUAGAGGUCCCACCCCAAACUCAGUUUGAUUACACCAUCACCAAUCUAGCUGGUGGCCCGAAACCACAUUCUCCUUUCGACUCUCAAUACCAUGAGACCAAACUGAAGGGGGGCAUGUUUGCUGGACAGCUGACCAACGUGGGCAUGCAGCAGAUGUUUGCCCUGGGAGAGAGGCUGAGGAAGAACUAUGUGGAGGACAUCCCCUUUCUUUCGCCAGCCUUCAAUCCACUGGAGGUCUUUGUCCGUUCCACUAAUAUAUAUCGGAAUCUGGAGUCUACCCGGUGUUUGCUGGCUGGACUUUUCCAAUGUCAGAAAGAAGGACCCAUCAUCAUCCACGCUGAUGAAGCAAGCUCAGAAGUCUUGUACCCCAACUACCAAAACUGCUGGAGCCUGCGGGAAAGAACCAGAGGCCGGAGGCAGGCUGCCUCUUUGCAGCCAGGAAUCUCAGAGGAUUUGCAAAAGGUGAAGGAAGGGAUGGGCAUCACCAGUAAUGACGGAGUAGACUUCCUCAGCCUCUUUGACAAUAUGGCUGCCGAGCAGGUGCACAGCCUCCUGAGCUGCCCAACGCUGAAGAGAUUUGCACGGAUGAUUGAGCAGAGAGCAGUGGACACAGCCUUGUACGUUAUGCAGAGGGAAGACAGGGAAAGCCUUCAGAUGGCCGUAGGCCCGUUCCUUCAUAUCCUGGAGAACAACCUGCUGAAAGCCGUGGACCCUGCCACUCCACCCGGCAAGACCAGAAAGCUGUACCUCUACGCAGCUCAUGAUGUGACCCUCAUGCCUCUCUUAAUCACCCUGGGGAUUUUUGACCACAAAUGGCCCCCAUUUGCUGUUGAUCUGACCAUGGAACUCUACCAGCACCGGGAAUCUAAGGAGUGGUUUGUGCAGCUCUAUUACCGUGGGGAGGAGCAGGUGCCAAAAGGUUGCCCUGACCGGCUCUGUCCGCUGGACAACUUCUUAAACACCAUUUCAGUUUACACCUUGAACCCAGAAAAAUACCACACACUCUGCUCUCAAGUCCCGGUGAUGGAACUUGGAAAUGGGGAGUGACUGAUUUAUCAAACAGGAUGUGUUGGUUUUUCAAUAAAUGCCUUUACACACUG